AUGCAUGAUCAUAGAGCAGAAAACUUAUUUCAAGAAAUCCUCAAUUUUGUGUCCAUUAGAGCUUUGAACAUCGUAUAUGAUGAGAUACCUAAAAAUGGUGACAUGGAGUCGAUGGAUGUUAAUAUGAUAUGCAAUUGUUUGGCUCGUACAGUUAAUGGUCUUCCAUGUGCAUGCGAAUUAAGCGCGUUGAAGAAAGAAGGCAAGGUCAUACCGCUUAAUAUUAUUGAUCCUUUUUGGAGGCAGUUGAGUAGUUCACCCCCGUCUUCAAUCCAGAUUACGCUACCAUUUGAAGAGACACCAGAGUUCUUUGCAAUUCGGAAUAGGUGGGAACGAGUGACAGAAAAUAAACAAGUAAGAAUACUAGCCCAGCUGCAACCAAUUGCAUUUCCAGGCAUUAUCACCCUCUUAGAUCCAGACGUAUCGGAAAUAUACAUGGGCCGUAAGUCCAAGAAGCAACUAAUUAAAGAUAGAUCCACUGUACGGGAGCCAUCUUUCUAUGAGCAUAUCGACAAAACUGUUAAUAUUUUGGCGAAAUUGGGAGAAAAAAGGAACCGAGAAAUGCUAGCAGCACAAAAGAAAGAUAUUAUCUUAGUUAAUCCAAGGUACUUGACUCAUCUGCCUUUGAUAAUGCGAAAAUUCAUCGCUGCUACACAAGAGAUGUCAAAAGAUGGAAACAGCGGUUAUCAUGUGUUGUUGAAGCAGUUGGCUAUCAAAGUAAAGCAUCACAACCCUUGUAGGUAUCUGCGAGAAGUAAUGAUAGGUAAUAUAGAAUGCCACCGGACCAUGUAUGAGGAAAUGUGGGGUGUCGAUUUGUUAAAACAGUUGAAAGACGGCAUACAUGGAAAUGAGUGGAUGAAAAUGCCAGAGAGUGGUUUUAUUAUUGCUGAGGCUUUCACCACAACGGUUGUAUAUCUGAGUGAAGAACAAAGCAUAACUUUUGUUCCUAUUACCAAGGAUGCUAACCCGAAGAUAAGAAAAAAUAUGGUGGUUAUCGGCUUCGUCAACAGCAAUCACUACAUCGGAUUGAAAUUGAAACGUAGUUCUCCAUUGCCUUCACUUCCAAGAUUUUCUUAUUGGGAGAAACAAAAGAAUAAGAACAAUUUCUCCAAUAACUGA